ACCCCGCUGUCUCUUCCGCGAUGGAAAGGUUAAGAACUACUUAAGAACCAAUGAAUUUAGAACGACGAGAGGGUAAAACUGAUUACUAUGCUCGGAAAUGCUUGGUGAUACAGGAUAAAAAUAAAUACAACACACCCAAAUACAGGAUGAUAGUUCGUGUAACAAACAGAGAUAUCAUUUGUCAGAUUGCUUAUACCCGUAUAGAGGGGGAUAUGAUAGUCUGCGCAGCAUAUGCACACGAACUGCCAAAAUACGGUGUGAAGGUUGGCCUGACAAACUAUGCUGCAGCAUAUUGUACUGGCCUGCUGCUGGCCCGCAGGCUUCUCAAUAGGUUUGGCAUGGACAAGACCUAUGAAGGCCAAGUGGAGGUAACUGGCGAUGAAUACAAUGUGGAAAGCAUUGAUGGUCAGCCAGGUGCCUUACCUGCUAUUUGGAUGCAGGCCUUGCCAGAACUACCACUGGCAAUAAAGUUUUUGGCGCCCUGAAGGGAGCUGUGGAUGGAGGCUUGUCUAUCCCUCACAGUACCAAACGAUUCCCGGUUAUGAUUCUGAAAGCAAGGAAUUAAGC